CGCUGCCUGCCUGCCGCCCUGACUGCACGUACGCCGCAGUUGACUCGCAUUACAAUAUGCAGCUCAGCUUUCAGUUACAGCGUCAGAUAACGUUAUACAAUGGCGACCUCUCCAAUCUUCUUGCGCCAGCUGAUACUUAAUUUGACAAUCUCUUCUCCUUCCUCGAUUUGCUCCCUGCUCCAUCGCCAUUCGCCAAGCCUAGCUAUCAGAUCGGUCGCGGUGGACUUGGGAGCAUGCGUGGCAACUCGGCCUCUUCGCCGCCAUGCACGUCGUGGUGAUCUUGCCACGGCGGAGAGCCGGAGAUGAGUAGCCGGGUCGUCGUCGUCUCGGGAGUUCUUGUGCUGGUUUUGGUCGUCGUCUCCGUUUGUGGCCGGGCAGCUGCGUGCGUUGAGGCGGAGAGGGAGGCGUUGCUGUCCUUCCUCGCCGCUGCCGCGCCGCCGGCAGGGGAUGGCAUCGCCGCCCAGUGGCGAGGGUCGCCGGACUGCUGCGCGUGGGACGGCGUGGGGUGCGGCGUCGACGGCGCGGUCACGCGUCUGUGGCUGCCGGGACGCGGGCUCGGCGGCACGAUCUCGCCGUCGAUCGCCAACCUCACCGCGCUCACGUAUCUCAACCUGUCCGGCAACAGCCUCUCCGGCAGGUUCCCCGACCUGCUGUUCGCGCUGCCCAAUGCUACGGUUGUCGACGUCAGCUACAACCGUCUCUCCGGCGAGCUACCUAACGCGCCGGUGGCGGCGGCGGCGGCGACGAAUGCCCGCGGCAGCCUCUCGCUUCAGGUGCUCGACGUGUCGAGCAACCUCUUGGCGGGGCGGUUCCCGUCCGCGAUCUGGGAGCACACGCCGCGCCUCGUGUCGCUCAAUGCCAGCAACAACAGCUUCCAUGGCUCGAUCCCGUCCUUGUGCGCGAGCUGCCCGGCGCUCGCCGUUCUCGACCUCUCCGUGAACGUGCUUAGUGGGGCCAUCUCCCCCGGGUUCAGCAACUGCUCGUGGCUGCGCGUUCUCAGCGUGGGCCGCAACAACCUCACCGGCGAGCUCCCCGGCGACAUCUUCGACGUGAAGCCGCUGCAGCGUCUGCAGCUACCGUCCAAUCAGAUAGAAGGCCGGCUUGAUCCGGAGCGCAUCGCCAAGCUGACCAAUCUGAUCACGCUUGAUCUUACCUACAAUAUGUUCACCGGCGAAUUGCCGGAGUCGAUCAGCCAGCUCACGAAGCUGGAGGAGCUCCGGCUUGGCCAUAACGACUUCACCGGAACUCUCCCACCGGCGUUGAGCAACUGGACCAGCCUCCGAUGCCUCGACCUCCGGUCGAACAGCUUCGUCGGGGAUCUCACGGUCGUUGACUUCUCCGGCCUCGCCAACCUCACCGUCUUCGACGUGGCCGCCAACAACUUCACCGGCACAAUCCCGCCAAGCAUCUACUCCUGCACGGCAAUGAAGGCGCUGCGUGUCAGCAACAACCUCAUGGUCGGCCAGAUCUCGCCGGAGAUCGGCAACCUGAAAGAGCUCCAGUUCUUCUCACUGACCGUGAACUCCUUCGUCAACAUCAGCGGCAUGUUCUGGAAUCUCAAGGGCUGCACGAGCCUCACCGCGCUGCUCGUGUCCUACAACUUCUACGGCGAGGCGCUGCCGGACGCCGGCUGGGUCGGCGACCACGUCAGGAGCGUCCGGUUGAUGGUGAUGCAGAACUGCGCGCUGACCGGCGUGAUCCCGUCGUGGCUGUCGAAGCUGCAGGAUCUCAACGUCUUGGAUCUCUCCGGCAACCGGCUCACUGGCCCGAUCCCGAGCUGGCUCGGCGCCAUGCCGAAGCUGUACUACGUCGACCUCUCCGGGAACCAGCUGUCCGGGGUGAUACCGCCGUCGCUGAUGGAGAUGCGGCUGCUUACAUCCGAGCAGGCCAUGGCGGAAUUAUACCCAGGCCAUCUCCCGCUCAUGUUCACCCUGACGCCGAACAACGGAGCCGCGAGCCGGCAGGGCCGCGGAUACUUCCAGAUGUCCGGCGUCGCCACGACGCUCAACUUCAGCGACAAUGGCAUCACCGGCGCGAUCCCGCCGGAGAUCGUGAAGCUAAAGACGCUGCAAGUGCUCGACGUCAGUUACAACAACCUCUCCGGCGGCAUCCCGCCGGAGCUGAGCAGCCUCACCAGGUUGCAGAUUGUGAACUUGCGCUGGAACCGCCUCACGGGGACGAUUCCUCAGGCGCUCAAGGAGCUCAACUUCCUCGCCGUCUUCAACGUGGCGUACAACGACCUCGAGGGGCCGAUCCCGACGGGCGGCCAGUUCGACGCGUUCCCGCCACGGGACUUCACGGGGAACCCGAAGCUCUGUGGCGAGGUGAUCUCUGUUCCCUGCGGUGACAGAUUCGACGCGACAGACACCACUUCGUCCAAGGUCGUCGGGAAGAAGGCCCUGGUCGCCAUCGUUCUUGGUGUCUGCGUUGGCCUGGUUGCUCUCGUCGUCUUCCUCGGAUGCGUUGUCAUCGCCUUCAGAAGAGUGGUGUCCAAUGGAGCCGUCCGUGAUGGCGGGAAAUGCGUGGAGUCGACCCUGUUCGACUCCAUGUCUGAGAUGUACGGAGACAGCUCCAAGGACACGAUCUUGUUCAUGUCGGAGGCCGCUGGCGAGGCGGCGAGCGGAGUGACGUUCGUGGACAUCCUUAAGGCGACGAACAACUUCAGCGCGGGAAACAUCAUCGGUUCGGGCGGGUACGGCCUGGUGUUCCUCGCCGAGCUGCAGGACGGCACCCGGCUCGCCGUGAAGAAGCUCAACGGCGACAUGUGCCUGGUGGAGCGGGAGUUCCAGGCGGAGGUGGAGGCGCUGUCCGCGACGCGCCACCAGAACCUCGUCCCUCUCCUGGGCUUCUGCAUCCGCGGGCGGCUGCGGCUGCUGAACUACCCGUACAUGGCGAACGGCAGCCUCCACGACUGGCUGCACGAGCGGCGAGCCGGUGCCGGCCGCGGCGCGCCGCAGCGUCUGGACUGGCGCGCCAGGCUCCGCAUCGCGCGCGGCGUGCUCUACAUCCACGACCAGUGCAAGCCACAGAUCGUGCACCGCGACAUCAAGUCGAGCAACAUCCUCCUCGACGAGGCCGGCGAGGCCCGCGUCGCCGACUUCGGGCUGGCGCGCCUCAUCCUCCCCGACCGGACGCACGUCACGACGGAGCUGGUCGGCACGCUGGGGUACAUCCCGCCGGAGUACGGCCAGGCGUUGGCGGCGACGCUGCGCGGCGACGUGUACAGCUUCGGCGUCGUGUUGCUGGAGCUACUGACAGGGAGGCGGCCCGUCGAGGCUUUGCCGCACGGGCAGCAGCGGGAGCUCGUCCGGUGGGUGCUCCAGAUGAGGUCGCAGGGGAGGCACGGCGAGGUGCUCGACCAGCGGCUGAGGGGCAAGGGCGACGAGGCACAGAUGCUGUACGUGCUCGACCUCGCAUGCCUCUGCGUCGACUCGACGCCGUUGAGCCGGCCGGCGAUACAGGACAUUGUUAGUUGGCUGGACAACGUCGAAUUCAUCGGCUGAUCAGACGUCUGAAUGUCUGUGAUCUCCAAUGGCGAACAUGUCGGAUUGUUCUGCCAAAAUGGAGCAUUUCUGUAUGCUGAGCAGGUGUUGAAAAAUGCAAAAAUGACUGUAAUCUGAACAGUGGAAAAUUACGUAUCGGUGGAGCAGUGAGUUGCUUAACAAUCAUUAAUGGACUACAGAAUGUAGAUGGAUUCUAAUCA